GGUGUACCCAUACGUUAUGUCAAGUUCUCCAAUACUAUAAUAUUUUCUACCAUCCAAGAAAUUUCUCAAACACGAGCAAUGAAUUAGGAUGAACUAUGAAUUUUCAUAAACAUUAUCAAAUAUCGAAUCAUAUUUACACAGAGCGUGGCGUAAGUAUUUUUCGUUGCCUAAGAAAUUUGUCAAAAACGAGCAGGAUGAUGAAUGAAUUUUCUUAAAGACAGAAAAGCAUCUUAAAGGGUAACACGAAGCACGACAUCGAACCAUAUUUACACAGAUCAUGGCAUAGAGCGAUAUGGAGCGAUUCAGGAUUCAGCGCAUACAGUACAGCAUGGUUGGCAGUUUUGCCUGUAGAGCGCGCCGGAACAACCGAAUGCCAUGCAUUCCAGCGUAAUGUUCAAGUAGUAGGGGAAGCCGAGGCUACCUUUCGUGUCAAACAGGCCGUGUUCUGCGUGUCCGCCCGCAUACCAUUAGAUUUUCAUCGUUUUCAAUGAAAAUACGUGCCCUAUCUCGGCUCGACAUGCCAGGAAACGUUGUGCUAGAUGUUUGAUCGUGUGUUCACGUGAGUGUCAUCGCUCAACGUUCGAGAGCGGAUUUCUACAACGGUGUCGGGCUUCCACCGAUCUCUCGCGGGUACCCCGACCCGUGGUGAACCACCUGGUGCCUCCUCGGGUCAGCGAAGACCUGGUGCUCGGACAGCUCCGUCGCCUCGGUUCCCACAAUCGACGAUCCGUCGGGAAUAAAUUCGACAACGAAUACUGACCUCGCGAACGGUGGCUGUCCAGGGUGCAACCGUUGAAGAGGAUCCACAGGCGAGUCGAGGAACCGUCGACCAUAGGGAGGAUAUGUCUGCAGUCGAGAGCGCUUUGGACGUCCUCUCCAGGGCAGCGACGAUGGUGCGAGAGGAGAGACCGAAGGCGUCGAAUCUCCACCGGAAGCCAAGCAGCGCGUGGCGCAAAGAACGCAGGAGGGACCCGAUUCAGAGCGAGGCGCUCGACAUGUCCGCAGCUAGGGUUCAUCAUCAUCAUCACAGCAGGCCCAGCGUGAUCGUGCCCACUACGCCACAAGCUGGUACGACAAUCGAAGACACUGCAGUGACACCUACAGCAACCCUGACACCAUCUGCGGCAGCAGGAGGUCAAAGGACUGGACUCAGAACUGUGGGCGGCGUAAGCGAUCCUGCAAUAGAUGAACACUUUAAACGAUCGUUGGGGCUAGAAGAGUAUGCAGCUGUCUUCAAUGCGACCACCACCGACAAAGAGGCUGGUCUCAGUGUGGACGACCACUUCGCAAAGGCGCUGGGUGAAACCUGGACGAGGCUGCAGGCAACUAGUCGAAGCAAAGAUUCCAUUUAACUGCAGGACAGUUAUCGCACAGUUAUCUGCUGUAAUCUUCGAGGCGCGGUCAAUGUCGUUCCAGUACUCGCCGAUUAAUAGUGUUAAAUUGUCGUCGUUGACAAGAGGAACUCGACCGAUCCGACAAAUGACUCUACAUUGUUACCUCGUGUCGAGAGAGCGCGUCUGUGAACUAUGCUCACGGUACAUCCAAUUUUCGUUCCCCGAAUUUCAUGGCGAAAGGAAAACCGUACCCAAGUGUCCUUGACCGCCGAAAAUCGUUUGGUAUCGACAUUUACCCCUUUCGACCCGCCUGUUUUCUAUUUCAAUUCUAUUUGUUUCUCUUUACACAUUAACUCUUAACUUCUUUUCGAAAUUGCAAAGUAUUUCUAAAUAGGCCGGUAGAUAAAGUGUUAACAGCAUUAAGAGCUCUCGAGCAAAUUAGUGCACUGGAUCCCUUAAUUCCCGAGCAAGUACUCACCGUGUCCAUACGCUAAGACGAUCCUGUCACCAGGGUCGAAAGGGUUAACGAAUCCGCAAACGGAGACGAGAACAUUGAGAGGCGCGGACGAGUUUGACGAUAUUGUAUAUAUAGAUACGCGUAUUCUUUUAUUAUGCCAUCAUCGCAGUCAUAAUCGCAGCCCGCACGUAGGGGGCGUGAAUUUAUUUAUUAUGAUGUUCCAUACUGCCUCGCUAAAUAGUUAUAGUGGAUCCGUUUACACUGCUACAUAUGUCCUCGAUGCGAUCGACAGCCUUGAUCGCGUGUACGAUAACGAACCGCAAAACCAGCAAGAAUAUCGAGAUGAUCGAUCAGGCGUUGCACAACGUUUGCUGUCGCCGGUGUAAACGGACGGAUGUGUAUGUAAUAAUUAUUUGCAUAAAUGUUAACUUGAUGGGUGUGUGUGUGUGUGUGUGUGUAAGUACGUGUAUCAUAUAUACAUAUAUGUAUAUGUACGUAUGUAUGUUGUAAUUAUAUAAAUUCGAGAGUCUUUACAAACAAAGUAGAGAAUAAGCGCGAAACCGUAUAACAGAAUCGAUCAUCGCACAAUAAAACUUGUAAUACGUGUAUUCGUCGAGUGACGGAAUUAUACGUAAACAUUGUACUAAAGACAAAGAAGAGGAUACAUAAAAUGACUGGUAACAUUUUAAUACCAAA